UCAAAAUUUUCAAUAAUAAAACUACAAUUUGUCAUCGUCGCCAAAGAGAAAUCUAUCAUCUUGAUGAAUCUGGAUCGUUUUGUUGUGCGAUAUCUUAAAUUAUUCCACUUCUGACACAAGAAAUCGCGCUCAACGCUGAUUCCCGACAUCGAUAAUAAACAGUGUCCAGUUUUUAAUCACCGCCAGGAAAAAUCAUCCGAUCAUUAUCAUUUUGCGGAAUAUAUUUACCGGAUGUCUAAUUUACUUGGAUUUCGCCGGAAAUCUCGUAAAUCAUACCUGGAGAUAUGUCCACUGAUUGCUUUAUAAUCUAACGAUAAGAUAUUAUCUCGUUGUAUUAUAAACAUAGCACUUAGCAAAAAAAGCCAGAAGAAUAUGAAACCUUGAAUAGAACGUACGAUUUUAGAGCGCAUGCGAGCACUUUGCGUUUCGCGAAAAGUGAGGAAGAAAGAAAGAGAUAGAAAGAAAAUAGACGACUCUUUGGAGAAAAUAAACAAAUAGUGUGUUUAAAUUGAACGUUGAAUUGAAUUGAAACACAAGCGAAUUGACAAGAAUAAUAAUGUAAAUCGGAAAUUUAAUGUUUUUUAACAUUGUCAAGGAAAGAAGUUCACAUUCGUUGUAAGUUAAGUGUGUUGUUCAACAUAUUUACGUCAUAACAUACAAGAGAAAACCAUGGGUCGUAACGAGAAAAAGGAGUCAGCUACUAAUAUGAAGGAAUUCAGCAGCAGCACGACAAUAACUCCGAUUGUUAUAAAUGAAUAUAACGAAAAAGAUGAACUGUACGAUCCCUUUGAGAAUCGUGAUAAGCGGAAUGCAACUUCGGAUCUAGGCGCUUCAACUCAUCUCUUGAAAUCCUCUCUAGGAACGGGGAUCCUGGCCAUGCCGAGUGCGAUAAAGAAUGGAGGAUUGGUGUUCGGUGGAAUCGGCACAAUCGUAAUCGGCAUUAUUUGCGCCCAUUGCGUGCAUAUACUAGUGCGUACGUCUCACAUACUUUGUCGGCGUACUAAGACGCCGCAGAUGACAUACGCUGAGACGGCGUACGCGGCCUUCUUCUGUGGGCCCAAGUCGGUCAAGCCCUGGGCGAACGUCAGCAAAAUAUUUGUGAACGUAGCGCUAUGCGCGACGUACGUGGGCGGUUCGUGUGUCUACAUCGUGUUCAUUGCCACGUCCCUUAAGCAGGUCACGGAUUUCCGCACCGGGAGGGAUAUAGACGUACGUUUGUACAUCGUCUCAUUGAUCCCGGCAUUGGUGCUGCUCGGUCAGGUGCGGAAUCUGAAGUACUUGGUACCGUUCUCGAUGCUGGCCAACAUCUUCAUGAUAACCGGCUUCGGGAUCACGCUCUACUACGUCUUCAGCAAUGUUAAAUCGGUCGAGAAUGUCAAGCUGUCCGCGCCAAUCGAGCACUUGCCCCAUUUCUUCGCGACUGUGAUAUUCGCUAUCGAAGGUAUCGGCGUUGUCAUGCCCGUGGCGAACAAUAUGAAAAAUCCGCAACAUUUCCUGGGAUGUCCUAGCGUACUUAAUAUUACGAUGACAAUAGUAGUAGCUUUGUAUGCAGUGAUGGGAAUAUUCGGUUACCUCACAUACGGCGAGGCAGUAGAGGCCAGCAUCACAUUAAACGUACCCACUGAGGAAAUUCUUGGUCAAGUAGUGAAGCUCCUCAUUGCCGCGGCCGUUCUCUUUACAUACGGAUUACAGUAUUUCGUACCGCUCGAAAUCAUAUGCAAUUCCAUUAAACCCUUGAUAUUCAAUCACAAUUACGCGGUCAUGACUGAGACAUUAGUGAGGCUAGGAAUGGUGAUAAUAACAGUGAUCGUCGCGGUAGUGGUGCCCAAGCUGGACUUGUUUAUCUCUCUAGUCGGCGCAAUUUGUUUUUCCAUCCUCGGCCUCAGCAUCCCAGCUGUCAUCGAGACGGUCUCAUGUUGGGAGAAUCAUUUAGGCAGCUUCAAAUGGCGACUAUGGAAAAAUUCCCUUAUACUUUUGUUCGCAUUAUUAGCGUUAGGAUUCGGUACAUGGGUCUCAGUGUUAGAUAUAAUAAAGUAUUAUAAAUAAGAAUAAAUUUUACAUAAAUAUUUUAGACAGAGAGAGAGGAAUUUUUUCUCAAUUUUCUAUACAUUUGGAAAUAUCGACAAAAACAACGCAAGAUUUUCUGAAGUAGCUAAUUAAUACUAUUUUUAUAUGUUAAAUAAUACAUGCGUGAAUUAAGUGAUAUCAGUAUUAUUUGCAUUGUUAGUUUAAUCAUUGUUUAAUCAUUAGUUUAAUCACUGUUCUCGAUCACUAGAAUCGAAAUUGAAAUAUGAAAAUCAUUGAGAUGCGUAUGCCAUAAUAAACGCAAUUUUAAUAAAAUGGA